AUGAGUGUUCAGCUACAAGCAACACCUUCUGAAGGAAUACUUGGACAAACUAGUUUACAGUUAAGAUUUUCUUAUACAACUGCAACCGGAGAACUUGUUACAGGUGUAAACAUUCAGGCUAAAAUGAAUGGACAGUUUAAAACGCUAGCAUUAUUUUAUACCCCGUUGGUUCAAUCAAAUGCAACUUUAACAACUGAUGGCAAUUAUUUAACCGACAGAGUGACACUUAUCAACCCAACAACUACAACAAGUUCAGAUUCUGCUGUAAUACUGUUUUCUGAGAUUGCAUGUAAAGAUGAGAAGGAGUACAUGUGUCAAGUAGCAUAUGCACGUUCAAGUAGAAGUGGAACUGAAAAUUCUGGUGUUGCUCAUAUAAAUGUUAGAGCAUUUCAAAUACCAUGGCCAUGGACCUGUAUAUUGCGUGGUACCAGUUCGCUGACAUUGAAGAUAGAACAGCUAGAUAAUAAUGUGAUAGUUAGAUGUCAGAUUGUUAAUCAAGACGUACCAGAAAGAAGUUCAUACAAACAGACAGACCCCGUUAAUGUCUAUUAUAGCGUGAGAAAUGUACAAGUAACAAAAUCGUCCACCAAUCCCUUUUUCCCUGAAGGAGCAGGACCCAUAACUUUGAAAUGUACAUCAGAUGGAAAUCCUGCUGUAACAGAUUAUACUUGGUACAAAGAAUCCAAAUAUUAUGUGCCAAUAGGAACUGGUCCUACAUAUGUCAUCAAUAAUGUUGUAGUCACUGAAACAGAUACCUACAUAUGUGUGGCUCAAAACAAUUUUAAUGGACAGACAUUCAACAUGAAUAACUCUAUACACAUACAAAUAGAUUUAGCCACUACAGCUCACUAUACGUUAAUGCCAAUAACAAAUAUGGAAAGUACUAGUACCAUUUAUAAAACAUCCAGCAUGUACAUCGAAAAAGGUACAGAAACUAUAAAUGUUCAGAUGCAGGCAACACCUUCAGAUGGAAUUCUUGGACAGACUUAUUUACAGUUGAGAUGUUCGUAUUCUACAGUGACAGGAGAAUUUGUUACGGGUUUAAAUUUUCAGGCGAAAAUAAAUGGACAGUUUAAAAAUAUAGCCAUAUUUAACACUCCUGUUGUUCCACUAAAUGCAACCCUAACACCUGAUGGCAAUUAUUUAACAGACAGAGUGACACUUACCAACCCAACAUCAUCUUUGACAACUUCUGCUAUAAUGCAGUUUUCUCAGAUAGCCUGUGAAGAUGAGAAGGAGUACAUGUGUCAAGUAGCAUAUGUAAGCUCAUCAGGUCGAAUAAAUACUGCAUAUUCUGGUGUUGCUUAUAUAAAUGUUAAAGGUAAUCCAGAACAACCAGACAUUUUACCAUCCUAUGUACCAUCAGCUGGGAUAGAAGAAGGCAACAAUGUUGUCUUCACAUGUACGGGUGAUGUCGGUAAACCUCAAGGCAUGUUCAGAUGGGUGAGAUACAGACGUAACUCCAAUGAUGUUACUGUACAGGAAACACCAUAUGAAUCAAAAAUCACUACAGCAGCAGUGAUGCCAGGAACCUGUACAUACAAUGGUACCAGUUCACUAACACUAAAGAUGACACAAAUAGAUAAUAAUGCGGUAGUCAGAUGUCAGGUUGUUUAUCAAGACGUACCACAAGGAAGUUUAUACAAACAGACCUUCCCCAUUAAUGUUUACUAUAGUGUUAGGAAUGUACAAGUAACACAGUCUCCCAUCAAUCCAACAUUUGCCGAAGGAGCAGGACCCAUAACUCUGACAUGUACAUCAGAUGGCAAUCCUGCUUCAAUAAACAUAGAUUAUACUUGGCACAAAGAAUCCAACACCAGUGUGACGCUAGGAACUGGUCCUACAUAUGUCAUCAAUGAUGUUGUGGUUAAUGAAACAGAUAACUACAUAUGUGUGGUUAAAAACAGUUUUAAUGGACAAACAUAUAACAUGAAUAACUAUUUACGCAUACAGAUAGGUGAGUAA